UCCUGGGAAACACCCUUUAGUUAAUUAUUUGCCUAUCAUGUGUGUUUUUUUGAGCCGAGCUGGAGAAGGGCUCUGCCGGAGGGGUCCCUGCAGGGCAUAAAGCGGGGGCAUCGGACCCGAAAUGCCCUUACGGAGGGGAGGGAUUUUGGCACCGCACGGCACCGCACAGCACCGCACCGCGAGUAAUGUGAAGGCUGGGCGACUCUGAGAAAUGCAACCCGUUGUAAUUAAGGAAGGAUCAACGUUUGUCUAAUAAUGUAAAUGCACUGAAAGUUACGAUCGCAACGUAAUCAGCAGCGGCCGGGGUCUGCGCAGCGGAGACGGCGUGGCCAUCGGCACCAUGAUUCGAAGGGGACUGGACCGCUUGCUUGGGAGAGGUGAGAGGAGAGCAGACAGCCGCACAGUCUAUGUAGGACACGGAGCCUGGAGUCCCGCCCAGCCCUUCAGCCUGCCCAGAUACUGUGACAACAGGAUUGUGUCGUCCAAGUACACGUUGUGGAACUUCCUGCCAAAGAACCUGUUUGAGCAAUUCAGGAGAAUCGCCAACUUCUACUUCCUCAUCAUAUUCCUGGUGCAGGUCAUCGUGGACACGCCCACCAGCCCCGUGACCAGCGGCCUACCCCUGUUUUUUGUCAUCACAGUGACCGCCAUCAAACAGGGCUUUGAGGACUGGCUGCGUCACAAGGCUGACAACGAGGUGAACAAGUACCCGGUGAUGGUGCUGGAUGGUGGUCGAAGCACACGCAAGGAGAGCGAGAAGAUUAGGGUAGGGGACGUGGUGGAGGUGCUGGAGGACGAGACCUUCCCCUGUGACCUGGUCCUGCUGCAGUCCAGCCGCGAUGACGGUACCUGCUAUGUCACCACGGCCAGCCUGGAUGGCGAAUCUAACCACAAGACACAUUACACAGUGCCUGACAUAGAGGCAGAUCUACAACUGCUCAAUGCCACCAUAGAAUGUGAACAACCUCAGCCCGACCUUUAUAAGUUUGUCGGACGGAUGUAUGUCCGAAGAGAAGGCCAGGAACCUGCAGUGCGGUCCCUCGGGCCUGAGAAUUUACUCCUGAAAGGAGCGAAUCUGAAGAACACCAAUAAAAUUUCUGGUGUGGCUAUUUACACAGGCAUGGAGACCAAGAUGGCACUGAACUAUCAGGGGAAGUCCCAAAAACGCUCUGUGGUGGAGAAGUCCAUUAAUGGCUUCCUUGUGGUGUAUCUGUGCAUCCUGCUGAGCAAAGCCCUGGUCUGCACCACCCUCAAGUACGUGUGGCAGAACCAGCCAGGGCAGGACGAGCCUUGGUACAACCAGAAGACCCAGAAGGAGAAGGACACCGAUUUGUACCUGAAGAUGUUCACAGACUUCCUCUCCUUCAUGGUGCUCUUCAACUUCAUUAUCCCGGUGUCCAUGUACGUCACAGUGGAGAUGCAGAAGUUCCUGGGCUCUUCAUUCAUCACCUGGGACAGGGAUUUCUAUGACCCACAGAUCCAGGAGGGGGCGCUGGUCAACACGUCGGAUCUCAACGAGGAACUAGGCCAGGUGGAGCAUGUGUUCACUGACAAGACGGGGACCCUCACCCAGAACAACAUGGAAUUCAUAGAGUGCUGCAUUGAUGGCUUCCAGUACAAAUACGGCAACUGUGCCUCUGAGCUGGACGGCUUCUGCGUGGAGGAUGGACCCGUGAACAAGCUGCAGCGCAAGGCGGGGAAGGAGAUGGAGGAGCUCUUCCUGCGAGCCCUGUGCUUAUGUCAUACAGUGCAGGUGAAGGAGCCGGGGCCGGGCCUGGGGCCUGUGGACCAGGUGGACGCAGCCGGAGCGGUGGAGGAGCGCGGCUUCAUCGCCUCCUCGCCGGAUGAGGUGGCCCUCGUCAAGGGAGCCAUGAGGUUUGGAUUCACCUUCCUGGGUUUGGACUGUAAGAAAAUGAAAAUACAGAACAGGAAUAAGGAGAUAGAGGAGUACGAGUUACUGCAUGUGUUGAACUUUGACCCAGUUCGACGCCGCAUGAGUGUCAUUGUAAAAAGCAAAGCGGGGGAGACGUUCUUGUUCUGCAAGGGGGCGGACGUGUCCAUUUUCCCACGUGUCAGAGAGGAGGAGGUCAUGCGGAUCCGGACCCACGUGGAGCGCAACGCCACGGAGGGGUACCGGACGCUGUGUGUAGCCUACAAGCGGCUGAGUGCAGAGGCGUUUGCACAGGCAGAUGCCAGCCUCAGGGAGGCGCGGCUGGCACUGCAGGACCGUGAGGAGAAGCUCCUGAACAUCUACGACCAGUUGGAGACGGGCAUGAAUCUAAUCGGAGCCACUGCAGUGGAGGACAGGCUACAGGAGGAGGCGACUGUGACCAUGGAGGCCCUGCAGAAUGCGGGCAUGAAGGUGUGGGUGCUGACGGGGGACAAGAUGGAGACCGCCAAAUCCACUUGCUAUGCCUGUCGGCUCUUCCAGAGGCGCACGGAGCUCUUGGAGCUGACAGUGCGCACCCUGGAGGCCGGAGGCCAGAAAUGCGAAGGGCGGCUCCACGAGCUCCUGUUGGACUACCACAGGAAGGCAGUGCAGGAUGCGCCGCCUGCGAAGGGAGGAGUCACAAGGAGCUGGUCCUCGGCCGUCCAGGACUACGGCUUCAUCAUCGACGGAGCCACGCUCUCCCUGCUGCUGAAGCCUCCAUCCAGCCUCUACACAAGCUUGUUCCUUGAGAUCUGCCAGAACUGCACGGCCGUGCUGUGCUGCCGCAUGGCACCUCUGCAGAAGGCUCAGAUAGUCAGGCUGGUGAAGAACUCAAAAGGGAGCCCCAUCACCCUGUCAGUGGGCGAUGGUGCCAAUGAUGUCAGCAUGAUCCUGGAGGCCCACGUGGGUAUUGGUAUAAAGGGCAACGAGGGCCGGCAGGCCGUCCGGAACAGCGACUACGCCGUCCCCAAGCUGAAGCACCUGAAGAAGCUGCUGCUGGCCCACGGGCACCUGUACUACGUCCGCAUCGCCCAGCUGGUGCAGUACUUCUUCUACAAGAACCUCUGCUUCAUCUUGCCCCAGUUCCUCUACCAGUUCUUCUGCGGAUAUUCACAGCAGCCCCUCUACGAUGCCUCUUACCUGAUGAUGUACAACAUCUGCUUCACUUCCAUGCCCAUCCUGGCCUACAGCCUCUUUGAGCAGCACACCUGUAUUGAGAUCCUGUUGGACAAUGCCACGCUGUACAGGGAGGUGGCCAGGAAUGCCUCUCUGCGCUGGGGGCCCUUCCUGCACUGGACGGCGCUGGGCAUCUACCAAGGCCUGCUGUUCUUUUUUGGAGUCCACUGUCUGUUCAGAAACCCUGCCCUGCAGGACAACGGCCAGGUGUAUGGGAACUGGUCCUUCGGCACGAUAGUCUUCACAGUCAUGGUGUUUACAGUUACGCUAAAGUUGGCCCUGGACACGCGUCACUGGACCUGGAUCAACCACCUUGUCAUCUGGGGCUCCCUGGCCUUCUACGUGUUCUUCAGCUUUUUCUGGGGUGGCAUCAUCUGGCCCUUCCUCAAGCAGCAGCGGCUCUACUUCGUCUUUGCCAAUCUGCUGAGCUCUGUGUCGGCCUGGCUGGUCAUCAUUCUGCUCAUCCUGCUCAGCCUGCUGCCUGAAGUUCUCUUGGCGGUGCUGCACAAGCCCAGAGCCUCCCACAUACAACAGAAGAAGCCGGAUGCCCCAUCCUCAUCCAGGCCGCUGCUCAUGAGAACCUUUUCAGAGGAGUCCAAUACUGUCACAUGACCAGCUGAAGAUGCGUUCCUUGGCCCAGGAACAUCAAGACUUCCUUAGUAACACCGCUGUCAUAUGAGGACCAGAAUGAGCAUGAGCGUCCCACUGGUGCGGACCUUUGGAGAGCCAGGAAAAGGACCCCAAUUCACAUGUGCCAGCUGUCCGUGACACUGCCUGAAUUGAAAUUCUUACAAAUGGAACGACAUAAAUAAGCAGGAUGUCAUUGCCACUUAAACCCCAGUGUCCCCCAAGGAUCAGCCCUCUGCAUGUGCUGCCCCGUUCACCACCACCAUCCCAUGAUGCAUUGCCUGCAUGUAUACAAGGUUCUAUGGUCUUGUGUCUCCCUGCUAUGAGGGUACUGCUAUGUAAGUUUAUAUGAGCAAAUGAAAGAUGAAGCGCCACAUGGAGAAAGAGCAUUAUGCUGCCUUUUGGCGCCCCCUGCUGGGCUGGAGAGUAGGUGUCCCUCCAUUAUACUGAUUCUCUUUAGCUUUCCCUUAAAGUGCUUAAAAAUUUUUCUGAGACUUCGGAAAGAUGUAUAUAUCAAGAAUGUGUUUAUAUGCUGAUUUCCAAAGUAGCAUGAAAAUGUUGCUUUGUGAGUGAAAGUGCAGAUUUGUGUGCAAAGGGCGUAAGUUUGGUUUCAACACUGGUAGGGACCAAAUCAGCCCUGAACCCCUAACUGAGAUGAAUAUUUCUGGUUCAGAAAGUAAAAACCCAAACCAGGAGUUUGGAUUGGGCAGAAAGAGUCACAGGCAACUCAACUGAUUGGUUGGAACAAAAUCUUGGUCUGGAUUUUUACUUUCUGCACCUGAAAUGACCCCUACUCCAUAAACACACAUGGUACUCCUACAGUGUUGGUAGGCACACGUCCCUACCGAAAUCUACACCCCCCCUCAGCGUACCUGACCUCCCUGAGGCUGAGAAUGUUCAGAUAAGUAGUGAGUAAAGGCACAGAAUCGUUUUUAGUUCAGGCCAUAGUAUUUCUCAGUAUGUGUUUUUUAAUGACCAGUACUCAAUACAUUCCUGUUUUUUUACAUGGAAGCAUGAGGACAUGGCCUGUGAUUUGGGGGAUCGUCGGCACAGACUUGCUGACGGUCUUAACCUCGUCACGGGGUGUGAAUUCAGUCUUCUCCCAUCUGACCUAGAGUUCCUGCUCAAAACCUUUCAGUCUUUCCAAGGAAAUCUGCUAUUGCAAAAGUUUGCGGGAAGUGGUGCCAAGUGGAUCGAAUCCUGUGUGUGUGUGUGUGUGUGUGUUUGGGGGUGGGGGUGCUGUGUGUGCAUGAAGUAGGUCUGGACAGCAGGGGGCGCCUGAAUGAGCUGUACCUCAGCCUGAAAAUAAUUGUGAGGUGGCCUUUAACCAACAGCUUGUAAUUGUUUAAAUUUUAAUUGGCAUUUUAAAUGAUUAAUUAGUGGAUGACAUUAAGCGCAGGUUUCUGAUGGCCUCCUGGGUUGGUCCUUGCAUAGAUACCUGGAAGGCAGACUACGCUGGACUCGGGUGGGGCUCCACAUCUGGGGCCCUCCAGCUAAUUUGUAUGAUAAAAACACACAUUUUUACAGAGUGCAAUACUUUGUGUAAUUACAGCAUCUACAACUGAUGUAUUUUUGAACAGGUUUUUUUCUGACUUUAAGAAUUUGACGUUUAAAUAGGGAUGUAAGGGGGCAUAAUGGACAAUGCCCCCUCCGAUCUGCACUGAGCCUGUGCCGCUGCCCCCUCCCUCUGCUCUGAGCCACUGAUGUGAAUGUACCCUUUAAGGACCACAGGAUGCAAAUUUCAAUGACUCUUUCUGUAAUAAAAAUGCCAAAAAUAA